AUGGCGAAGAGUUUGUGGCUCUGCCUCGGCCUAGCCGUGGUCUGCACACUCGUCUCCCUGUCCACGUCUAGGGAACUAGGGGACAGAAGGGACCUAGAGAUGGCAGCCAGCCACCAUGGCCACCAUCACGAGGAAGGUGGUGGUCAUGACCAUCAUGGCUACCAUCACGAGGAACACGGUGGAAAGGGUGAAAAAGGGUACAAGCACGAUCAUCAUCACGACAAGGGUGAUCAUGGUCAUUACGGUAAGCAUCACGAUGAAGGUCACCAUGAGGAACACGGCGGACAUAAGAAAGGGAAGCAUCAUCAUUACGAUGACGGUUUCCACGACGAGUAUCACGAGGGCGUGGGUGGCGAGAAAGGCGGAAAGUUCCAUGACAAGGGGCAUUAUGGGAAAGGGCACAGCAGCCACGGUCACCACGAGGUGAAGAGAUUGGACGAAUAUCAGAAGCACAAGGAAUUUCACGACGAGGAUUACGAUUUCGGCUUCGACGACCAUGACGGCGGUCAUCAUCACGGUUACGCGCAAACAAAGGGUGGACAUUAUAAAGGGGGUCACUAUGAUCGCGACGGACACCAGGCAGGUCAUGGUAAUAAGGGUUAUUACAAAAAAGGACACCACCAGACGGAUCAUAAAGGACAUUAUGGCCACGGGGAUCACGAAGAUUAUUAUCAUAAUGAUUAUCGUCAUGGCAAGAAAGGAACUCAUGACUAUGGCGAGAAAUGGGAACACGAGAUGGGGCACUAG